AUGCCACCUUCUCGAAGGGUGGGCCCAGCAACAGCGGAGCAGGUGGUCGAUAUUGACCCGCUUCUCAUAUACUUCACCUUCUCUCGCAUCCGGCCUCGCUUCUCUUGCGGUCGCACAAUCGGGAGUACGCUGCAACAGCUUCGAGACGGCGAACUGCAACUGCGUGACCUCCCUCUAUUGUCUGUGCUGACCGAUGGCGCACACUACUACAGCCAAAACAACCGACGGCUGUACACGUACAAGCAGCUGAAGCGCGAAGGCUUGCUCGACACAGUGCCGGUGCGACUGCGUCCUCUGCCGCGAACGAAACGCAUGUACAGCAAGUACUCACCUCAGACCUGUGCUCUAGCUGCAACGCUUAUGCGCGACACAGCAAACAGGGACGGUAUCAGGGAUACGAGUGCGCAAGCGUCGGUCGUCAGCGGCGCGUCCGAUACCGAGGAUGGCCACGACAACCACGACGCCUGCACGACGACGGGAGCGGUUGGGAGGCUUGGUGUGGGCGAUGACGAGUUCCGCAGUGACAACCACUCAGCUCCCUCCUCAAGUGCGCCGUCACAGCCAGCAAGCUGGGCCAUGGAGUCAGGCCUUGAUGGUAAGAUGGUGAAGGGAGGAGACUCGAGCGAAGAACCAACAAGAAAGAGGCAAGAGCAACAGACGAACUCCAAGCGCGGCCGAAACGUAUCACGACGUCAAGGAUGCCACAAGGGUGCUGUCGAAGCUCGAUCACCGAGCACCAGUAAAAGCGACAGCUGCGGCAACGGCAGCACGAGCGCGUUGGAAGCAGAACUACGCAACCUUGGCCUGUGCACGUAG